AUGGAGAAGCUGAUUGUUUUAUUGGGUCUAUUUUCUGCAAAUUACUCUGAAGCCUCUCAAAUGCAUCAAUUCUCCAAGCAAUUUGAGAUAAUCCCAGACAGCAAAGCAACCCUCACCACACGCGCUACAGGAAGCUCCAUCACAGCGUGUAAAAAGGUACUGUGCAGUAACAGUUUGCUAGACUCCACUGAAUAUUGGCUGCGGAACGAGAGGGCUCUCUGUCAGGUUGGGCUCGUGGAGGACAAGGCAGAAAGCAGUUGCACUGCGAUCUGUUUUGUGAACCUGGAUGGACUAGAAGCAGAGAAUGACAAUCAAGAAUUGCAACAGAAAUUAGCUUCCGUCUCUUCGGAUCUCCCAGACCUCAUCACUUCACUAAACGUUUGCCAGCUCAAAGAUAAUGAACUCGUCCUUGUUAACGGAUUAAUUUCACCAGAAAAUCAUCCGGAGAACUCGGAUGAUUCCCAGUGUCGCAGACCAUCAGACCUGUGUUUAGUUCAAUGCGCAAGAAAAUGUAGGAAGAAUGAUGUGGGCUGUGUCAUCUAUGAAAUAAACAAAUGCUUGAUUGGCUUGGAAUCUGUUCAGGCGAAAAGGUUACAGCCUCAAGGCAGCUCCAUUCGCAAGGCAGAGGAUGACACCAAUUGCUCAGUGUCAUCUAUUGAGGAGGAUUUUAUCACCGCCUCUGAACACCUGGAUGAAGAGGAAUAUGAAAUCAACAUCUCAAAUGACACUUUGAGGUUUGGUAACUCAGACCCAUCAAAAGACAUGAAAAAGUUAAAAGGAAAACCUCGAAAUCUCAUGCAGACUCGACAAGACAAAGUCCUACACGCAAAGACUUGCCGCGGUGACGAGACCUUCCGAACAGCAGUGGCAAAUUCAGGCGAGGAAAAUACCAGGCGGGUCAUAUGGAAGCUUCAACGGGAAAAUCACGUUUCUCCUAGUUAUAGAGGGAAAACCAGUAACAAAGCUGAAGAAGACUCUUGGAGAACUGAACCCGUUGCCUUGAGUUCUGUUGAGAGAGGACAGCUCGCCUCCUGCACAGCUGAAUGGGCUGGUCAGUCGCUUCAAAGGAACCUUCAAGCAGAUUUCAUGGAUACUAAGGCAACUGGAGAUCAACCGAAUGUUUCUUCAUCUCUUGAGGAUAAUGAAUAUGUAGAGGGUGAGUAUGCUUCAAACUUAGCAGAAUCUGUUCUGCAAGAUGCCUUUAUCAAGUUGUCCCAGUCAGAAGCCACCUUUACAACUGAAGCUGCAGUUAGCAUCUCGGCAGGAAACCACGCUGCCCUUUCAGCCUGCGAUGUGAAAGAAGACCCAAACCCUCCUUGCCCAUGGAACAUCCUUCCCAAAAUUGUUAUCGUUCAAAGCCCGGACAACUGCGAGAAUCCUGCAGAGUGGCAAGAACCGUCAAGCCCAACAGUGACCUCCUGCCUUGAUUCUGAUCAUCUGGUAAAGGAUAUGCCUUGUGCAGAAGAAGGAGCCUCCAGUGCAUGUCAUGACACAAGUGAACGUUCACCCACUCCUGUAGAAGUAGCACUGGCUUGUGCAGCUAAUGUUAUAGGAACUAUUUCAAGCCCCCAACUUACUGAAAGUUUACAGUUGGACCAAGCCUUAAGCGAUGGAUCAGAAAACUCGUCUUACGAAGGAAACAUUGAUGAAGACGGAACCUUGUUAAACCAUUCUGAAUGUGAUGGAGUGGACUUCUGCUUCUCCUCUGCUCUCUGUGGCGUGACUCAGGUGGCCAGUGCUGUGGCAGUCGCAGGCUUAGGCGACGGACCAGACCUCAGCUUUUCUGUGGCUUCAAGUGGCCUUUUAUCUGCCGCUGACACAUCUGCUGCAAUUCCUCUGCAAUGCAAUGUGAGUGUCAGCACCUGUAUGGACAACUUUGCCUACAGCAUUGCUGAGGUGCUGGUCAAAGAAGCAGCCAAUGUUCUCCUGAAGCCAGACCUUUACAAAAGUGUGGGAGACUUUCUUGAAUCUAUGGACAAGAAGUUAAUUGAAACAGUGACCAAACCCAAACUAUCCCAGUGGGAGGAAUCAUCAAGAAAUGAUUUUGCCCAGAAUGUGUCAAAUUUAAUUGUGAAGCAUUCCUUCCAAGAAGCUCAGAAGAGAGUGGGAACAACAUGCCAGGCAAACGAGACCAGUUCGGGGAUGGAUCUAAAUAAUAUAUUUGUGGACAGUGCUCAAGAGUCUCUUUUCAACGUGAUCUAUUUCACGUGUCGGAAAAUCGGGGACAUUGGGAGACACAGUGAUGCAUCCACAGUCUUUUCUGAAGAUGAUGGCUAUGACUGGAAGGAAUUUGAUUUCAGUCUUAAGCAGAGGGGCAGGAUGUCAGAGAAAUCAUCGCAGGAUCACAAUAGCGAAGAGAGCUUUGAGAAUUUUGACCCACCAGCUAAUUUCCUUUUUGCCCAAGAAAGUCAAGAAACUGCAAAAAGUUCAAAGGAGGACAGACGUGGAUCCUAUGUGUCAGGCUUAUCUCAACAGAUCGACCUGAACUCCAUGUGGCUUUACAGAGAAGGGGAUGGGGAUACUUUGAGGAACGAUCAAUUGAGAUCAAGGAAAAUUACUGAUUUCCUUAACCUGCAGCCUCACCAUAAAGAAUACGACAGAGAUUCCAGAUCUUUCUCUGAUGAGAAGCUUGACAUAGAUACUGGAUACAGGGAUGUCAUACCAAUGUCCAAUUACAUGUGUCCAUUCACAGAAAGCAGAGAAGCACAAAGAGUCAAACGUUCAGCAGAUAAGGAACAGAACUGUGUUUUAGUAGAUGGACAAAAUACCAUUAGCCCGUACAAAUCUCCAUUGCACGCCACGCAGCCAGCAGACACCAGCCUUUCCAUCACAGGGUUUGCAGACCACGUGUCCAAAACGGUUGUUUCCAUGGCAACAGAGAUGGCAGCAAUCUGCCUUGAAAACACCAAUGCAAAGCAACCAUGGUUCUGCCCAUGGAAACGAAAAUUCGGCGAUCCAGAAAAGUUUAUGACAGCUCAAAGCACAAGCAGAGCAUCCUUGAGGAGCAAAGAAUCACAAUCGGUCGCCCCAGUCUCCAAGAAACUUCGACCGCCCAGACUUAGUGAGAUCAAACGAAAAACUCAAGAGCAGCCUGAGCUCAAAGAAAAGCUCAUGAACCGAGUGGUCGAUGAAUCUAUGAACUUUGAUGAUGUCCUGGACCCAAUAAACAGCUUUGCAAAUGACGUAGCUUCAAAAAUUGUCAACUCUGCAGAAUUGGCUGUGAUUGAUUCUGUGAGACAAGGGCAGGGUCUGGCUAGAAAUCGGCUGUUGUGCGAUAAGUGGAGCAGAGGGAAAGCCUCCAGUUAUGAAAGCAUCCCAGAGGAGACCACUGAUUCAAGCAGCUCUUUGGGCAUCCUGGGCUCAAUGGCCAGGCUUGGCCAGCCGAUAAGCAGGGCCAGUUCCAUCUCCAAGCAGUCGAGCUGUGAGAGUAUCACCGAUGAGUUCUCCAAUUUCAUGGUGAAUCAAAUGGAGAGUGAAGGCAGGGGCUUUGACCUUCUGCUGGACUACUAUGCGGGGAAGCACGCCAGUGACAUCUUGAGCGCAGCUCUCCAGCAAGUCUGCAGGAAGAAUGGUCACCUCACCGUCAACACUACCUGCCUUUCCAAGCAGUCAAGCACAGAGAGCAUCACCGAAGAGUUCUACAAAUACAUGCUCAAGGAGAUGGAUAAAGAGAGCAAAGACAAGACUAGCAAGGAAUGGCGUAACUCACUAUUGCCUCCUGCUGGACGCCCAGGCAUUUGUCUCAGGCAAUCGUCUAUGCCAGAUCGGCGUGCAUCAGAGGGGAAGUUAACUGUGACUCCCCCAGUGAAAGCAAACUCCUUUGAUGGGUUUGCCCAAAGUGAUCACAGAGAUACACUGGAUGUAUGUAUCAGUCACACACCAGCCCCCAGCGCCCUUUACAAAUCACUGACCGACUCCUGUUUGUAUCAGAAGUGUAAAUCUGACCGCAUCACCGAAAUGCUGAUCAAUGAGACCUGGUCCAAUUCUAUCGAGGCCCUCAUGAGAAAAAAUAAAAUUAUUUGCAUUAGCGCUGAGAGCCCAAGGGACGAACACUUAGAAACUGCAGCUCAGCCACACGUGGAGCAAUACGCCAGCAGGCUAGCAGCCAACAUAGUCAAUUGUGGCAAAUCAUCCCUCAGUGGCCAACUGGACCCCAUUGAACCUUCACAACAGGAGGCUGGGACAGAAAGUAGAAAACGCGAGUUAUCUGUGAGCUCCAGAACAAAGCCAGAGGGGGAAAAUAAGUCUUUUCCGCAACCAACCAAGAAAGAAAAACUGUCACACUGCCCAAGAGAUGUGCCUUUGAUUCAUAUAGAGAGUGAUCAAAAAGGAGAGAUCAAGGACUGCUUUCAGGAAAUACCUGCCAUCAAUGCUAAAGCAAUGACUGAGAAGAGAUUAAUGGAAAGGAGACAUUCUGAGGUUGACUCUGAUGGCAUUGGUGGGUCAAGUUUGAGAGCAUUCAGCAGUGUUGCAAAGUGUCCAGUCUCAACGACAUUGGACAAGGCCACCACUGAGGAGACUCCCUGCAGUCUGAGCACCAGUGACGAGAGUAUGGGCAGUUGGUCACAACUUGUUAAUGAAGAUGACCAUGCAGAAGACAGCAGCAGCUAUUUACACCUUAGUGAGAGCAAUGGGAACAGCAGCACCUCCAGUAGUCUUGGGCUUGUGGAGCUUGAUGCCUACCAGGAAAAUGGAACAACAUCCACAUUACCCAGUGAGACUACAAGAGGAAAGGUCAAAGGGAAAGAAAAUCAGGAACGUUCUGAUGAAUGCACAUCUGGAUUAACAGUAGGCCCAUCCAGUUACCACAAGGAUUUUCUUGUGAUGAACUUUGACCUGAAUCCUGACUAUGUAGACUUUGAGUUGAGAGCAACAUUGCAAUGGAUAGCAGCCUGUGAACUCGGCCUUCCAGCAAUCUAUUUUAAAAAAUCCCAAGAGAAGAGGAUUCAGAAGUUUUUAGAUGUUGCUCGCUUUGCUCAUCAGAAGGCCUGGAAUGUUGGAGAUCUCUUUCUUGCAGUGCUAGAGUACUGCAAACUCCAAGAGGAAGGAGGAAGGUCUCCCCCAAGGAGUCUGUUUGACUGGCUUCUUGAGUUUGGCUAAAAGAUUAGUUUGUGAUUUUUAGAUAGAAAAGGCAUCAUAGUCAAUUGUAAGACCUUUCAACGUUUUUGACUGUUCCAAUGCCAGCUUGUGUUCUUGUUGGAGUGAGAUGUACAUCAUUUACACAUAGGGGUAAACCAGCAGUACUGUACACACCAGGUAAAAGCUGACAAUGGAAUUUGUGUCCAAUAAGAGGGAUUUAAAGCUCCCUUGGUGGCUAGUUUAGUAGAUUGAUUAAUUGUCCAGCGUGGGACUGAGAGACACAGACCUGGAAGGUCCUAGGUCUGAUUCUUGGCCUGUGAGAGUUGGCUGAUCUCAGUUUGGAUGUUAACAUUGGCCAGCACCCCAGAAUAGGAGGGAGGGAGGGAGAGAGACAAAAUUCAAUAGGUUUUUCUUUCACGAUUGUUAUUGAUUGAUCCUUGUUUGAAAAUACAGAAUUGUAGAGUUUAAGUGAUGAUGUGAUCAGACUUAGGACAGAAUUGUUUGCCAGCAGACACUGUCUAGGCUCAUGCAUGGAUGACAUAUUUUUAAAACAGACUGUCUAGUCAAGAGGCAGAACCCGAAGAAGAGUGCAGAAAAUCACAAAUGGAAAUUUUUCAAGAGUGAUUCACUGGGUUUAGAAGCUGUAAUACCAGUUCAUUUGCAAGAUCACAAGAGGUGUUAGCCUAUUUGAUUUCAUCCUUCCAGAAUGCCCCCUCUAUCGUCUUCCUUUUGCAUUAUUGACUCAUUGGGUUAAUUAUGCACAUCCAAAUCAUACUGUCUUCCUUCCCAAAGAAGCAUUAAACCAGUUUCGUCCCAAUCUACUGAUAGGAUAGAGUGGCCACUGUUCAACAUCAACAACCAACAUAGCAGAAUAGUACUAGAUAUGAAUAAUCUAUUCUGUUUAUCUUUUGUGCACUAUACCUCUGCAGCUGACACAUGCACACACAAGCUUGACAGUACCAGAUAUCAGCAAACAGUCAGCUUUUACCCAGUGUGUACUGUAGGUGUGUAUUUGUGUGCUGUGAAUCUUUUAGAGCAGGCUGGGAUAUUGUUCUUGAAAGAAUAUUUUUGCAAUCAUCUUAUUAAAGCUGUGUAAUGUUUGUACAGUGAGCAUGAAAGUUAAUACAGCCAAUCCUUUGGCUGGUGUACAGAUUUAAGCAAUAUGAUUGCGACAAUAAAUUCAACAUACAGUAGUGACGCUGUUUAUAUUCUGCUGAAUUGUUGCCCAAAACUGUAGUCGUGUCUUAAUGGAGACUUCUGAACACUCCAAGCAGCAAUCUGUGCUGUCCAAAACUAGAAAGUCGCACAAAAUGGAAAUUGUGUUUGUCGUGGGGGGAGAAAGAGACAUUCAAGAUAGUUAAUGCAUUUGCAGUCUUGAGGCCUGUUCCUCGUGGUGAAAAGGGACAUCUUUCACAUGACAUGUGCUUAGAAAAACAAGAGUCUAUCACUUAUCAAUAAAAUUAGAAAUAAGUUCACUAUUGUUAGUGAUUUGCUCAUGAUAGAUCCCAUUGCUUUUUUUAAGGAGAAAAAAAGAGGUAAAUUCAGGGGCAUGUGUUAUUUGUCACUGAUAGUCAUGAUCAUAUAAUUGCAGAUUUCACCCCAUAAAAGUUGUCAUGGUUGUAUAUGUUGAAAAAUAUAAUAGAACUUGCUCCUCUGUAAUUUAGGUUCUGCCUGACUUAUUAUUUUAAGCCUUGAUACUUUAAAAAAAUAUGAUGCACAAGAUAAGAAAGAAGGAAUCUUGGCAAAAUGCACCUCUGACAGGCCAGUCAGUGGUGCAAGACGCUAUCAAAGAAUCAGUCUGACACUUCUCCAUCUGCAUUGGGUUUAAAAAAUUCCUGCUAUUUUAUUGUUCAUGAAAAAGCAGCAGUUCUGCUAGUGCCGGUUCUCAUUUAAAGCUGGUAAGUGGGUCCCCCACUCUUGGGGGUGAGCGCAGGCUGCAGAGCAAGCAAAACAAAUUACGUUGUCAGCUCACCCAGUUCUAAAGCAGAACUGUCGUAAAACUACUUGAUUCAGAACACUUUGGUUACCUAACAGAAAUCUUGUUUAGAAUUUUGCACUCCAGUUAAUUCAAUUAUAUUAAUUCAUACCGACUUGUUUUGCAGUCUCAGUGCAAUAGAGCACCAAACAAUAACCUAGAAAGCUGAUGUGCAUCUCAUUCCUUCAUUUCCUUCCAAGCUUCUUGUUCCUGAUCGCCAUGGAGUGACAACCGGAUAUAGCUCAGCUGGACUCGGUGUAAGGAAAGAGAAAAAUUGGGUGCAAGUCCCAUAUAGCACUCACUGUCUGGCCUUUUACAUAAAGAAUGAGCCACUUGGACAAGGCACUAGAGCAUGCCUGAACCCCAAGGAACCACAACACAAGCCACUAUAAAAGGCGUCUGAAAAAAAUUCACCCCCCCAAAAUCUGACAAAGUUCCAUUUAGGGUUAACUAUUUUGCCACAUAAAAUGGCGUGGAAAUGCUCUGUACAUUUCUUUUGGGUCUCCCCACAACAUACUCUAUUUUUUCUGUUGUUCCAUAAAACUGAACUCAUCUUGGAUGUAAUUUAUUUACAAUAAAAAUGUAUUAAAG